AUGGCGGCCGCGGGCCUGGCCGUGAGUCCGCUCGCACGCCUCAACCCCUGGCUGAGCGCGUGCGACCUGGAGGAGGAGGGCGCGGGCGCCGAGUGCGGCUCGGGGCAGGCGGCGUGCAGCGGCGGCGGCGCCGAGACGCUGGCGGGGCGCGACGUGCCCGCGCUUUGCGCGAUGGCUGCGAGCGAACGCGCGCGGCGCCUGGCCGAGCUGCGGUUGCGCGCCUGCUGCGAGCGCUCUCCUGCAUCCGCACUGGACCGCAGCGCGCGCGCCGACGUUCUCGCCGGCGGGGAACGCUGCGACACCACGCUGCGCGACCUCCUCGCCCUCGACGCCAUGGUGGCGCGCGUGCACUGCGACUUCGUCGGAAUCCUUCACCGCUACGACUGCGACCAGUCCUAUUCUGUUCACACCUGUAACGAAUGCCAGGUGAGUCUUCGUCGCGUUUGCAGGUGCAUCGGUAACGCGACAGCCCGGAACUGGAUAGGAAAACUUUUCCUGUGCGAAUCAAAUCGAUCGGAGACCCGGAGUAGCAGGACUAAAGAGAAAUAUCCCAAGGUUAUCAGUCCAAACUAA